GUCGACAACUCUCUGACCGCCCUGGGACCAGCCGGCUCUAAUGGACUCUAGAAGUGAUGAUGUUAGGUGGAAUCUGCAGCACGUGAAGAGUUGCCAGUUGUUAUGGGAUUAAGAAAACAAAUCUGUAAUGGCUAAAGGGUUAUCUUAUGAUGAGGCUUUUGCUAUGGCUAAUGACCCCUUGGAAGGCUUCCAUGAAGUAAACCUUGCUUCACCUACUUCUCCAGACCUUCUUGGUGUGUAUGAAUCAGGAACUCAAGAGCAGACUACCUCACCAAGUGUCAUCUACCGGCCACAUCCUUCAGCUCUGUGCUCUGCCCCCAUUCAGGCUAAUGCCUUAGAUGUUUCCGACCUUCCUACACAACCUGUGUAUUCAUCCCCCAGACGUUUAAAUUGUGCAGAAAUAUCUAGUAUCAGCAUCCAUGUUACAGAUCCAGCGCCUUGUUCUACCUCUGCAGUCACAGCUGGGUUAACUAAAUUAACUGCGAGAAAGGACAACUGUAAUGCAGAGAGGGAGUUUUUACAGGGUGCUACUAUACCAGAGGCUUGUGAUGGCAGUGACGAUAUAUUUGGGUUGAGUACUGAUAGUCUGUCUCGUUUACGAAGCCCAUCUGUUUUGGAAGUCAGAGAAAAGGGCUAUGAAAGAUUAAAAGAAGAACUUGCAAAAGCUCAGAGGGAACUGAAGUUAAAAGAUGAAGAGUGUGAGAGGCUUUCUAAAGUGCGAGAUCAACUCGGACAGGAACUGGAGGAGCUCACAGCCAGUCUGUUUGAGGAAGCUCAUAAGAUGGUGAGAGAAGCAAAUGUUAAGCAGGCAACAGCAGAAAAGCAGCUAAAGGAAGCACAAGGAAAAAUUGAUGUACUUCAAGCUGAAGUAGCCGCAUUGAAGACACUCGUAUUGUCCAGUUCUCCAACAUCACCCACACAAGAGCCUCUGCCAGGUGGAAAGACACCUUUUAAAAGGGGGCAUACAAGAAAUAAAAGUACAAGCAGCGCUAUGAGCGGCAGUCAUCAGGACCUCAGUGUGAUACAGCCAAUUGUAAAAGACUGCAAAGAGGGAAUCUCCAGUUCCAUUCUCUACUUGGCUGACCUUGGAGUACCUGCUAGAAACUUGGCUGACUUAUCUCUGUAUAAUGAAUUCAGAUCUUGGAAGGAUGAUCCCACAAUGGAUAGAUCGUGUCCUUUCUUAGACAAAAUUUAUCAGGAAGAUAUCUUUCCAUGUUUAACAUUCUCAAAAAGUGAGUUGGCUUCAGCCGUUCUGGAGGCUGUGGAAAACAAUACUCUAAGCAUUGAACCAGUGGGAUUACAACCUAUUCGAUUUGUGAAAGCUUCUGCAGUCGAAUGUGGAGGACCAAAAAAAUGUGCUCUAACUGGCCAGAGUAAGUCCUGUAAACACAGAAUUAAAUUAGGAGACUCAAGCAACUAUUACUAUAUUUCUCCCUUUUGCAGAUACAGGAUCACCUCUGUAUGUAACUUCUUUACAUACAUUCGAUAUAUUCAACAGGGGCUCGUGAAACAGCAGGAUGUUGAUCAGAUGUUUUGGGAAGUUAUGCAGUUGAGAAAAGAGAUGUCAUUGGCAAAGCUGGGAUAUUUCAAAGAGGAACUCUGAUGCUCUCUGCCUGGGACCAUGCAUGAACCUCCCUGAAUACCUGGAAAAUGGCUGAAUAUUUUUCUGGUUACUUGAUAUUUAUUACCAAGGAGUGGGCCCAAGACUUUUUCCCUCUUUUGCAGAUUACACUAAGAAGUACUGUGAUUUCUUUUAAAUUGACCUAUGCUGUGUUUGCUUACUCUUUAGUUGAACACACUAUAGAGAAUUACAGGUGUACUAGUGAUUGUAAUUUAUAGUUGCCCAAAAAACAAAAAUAAAAGCUAAAUAAAUAAGUACAUAAAUGUUA